GAAAUAAUAAUAAGCCUGGCAUGAAACGGCACCAUAUAUUAUGCAACGUUUGUGCUAUGACAACUCAUUUCUGAAGAGUUAUUCUUUCUUCACUUUGCUUCAUCUUCUUCACCAAUCCAUUUUUCUCCUUUCAUCAAUCUUUCUGUGCGCAUCCAUGGUGAACAGAAAUUCUAGCUGUGCCUCCAAAUAUCAUAAACAACAUGGAAAGUCAGCGGGAGAGGUUAGUAGAAGAUCUUUGAAGGCCAAGAUUAAAGUGUUGACAGAUAAAUACCGUGCCGAGAGAGGGGUAUCAGUUAAAGAAAAGGUUCAUAGACAUUGGAGGAAUCUUGAGCCUGUUUUUCCAACGAAUAAGAGAGUAUUAUCAGGGAAUAAGUAUUUGCAGGUAGGGGAAAACGUCAAUAAGCUGUGUUUGAGAAUUGACAAUCCUUUAUGUAAAUUCAACGGGUUCCCUGAAGCUACACCAGAGGAGGAUCGAUUCAAUGAUGUGGACAUAUCAGCAGCAGAAAGUAUUAGGAUUCCAAACGAGGAAAAACUACCAACAUAUACGGCUUGGGUAUAUGUGGCCAGAAAUGAGAAAAUGGCUGAAGAUCAAUCGGUUAUUGGAAAGUUCCAGAUGUACUAUGACAAUAACAGAGGUGAAAUGAUGAUAUGCAGUGAUAAUGAGGAAGAGAUACCAAAUACCCAGAAUGAUAAACAUGAAUUCACUGAGGCUGAGGACCAAAUUCUGAGGAUGACACUCGAGGAAUAUGGGUCUACUAAGGAGGUAUUGGGUAUCAUUGAAGAGAUUUUUGAGACUGACGAUUCAGAAAUUCAGGAGAGGUAUGAAAUACUAAAGGAAAAGAGUAUGGAGAGUCUGGAUCAACAUUCUAAAGAUUGUCAUUGUAAAGGAUGUCAGAGUCAUCAUGAAGUAUGCUUACAGAAAAGUUUGGGUGGGACUUUAGAAACUUUUGAUAAAACCUUCUGUCGUCGAUGUUUGAUCUUUGACUGUGCUAUCCAUGGCACUGAUCAACCUUUAAUAUGUCUUAGCGAAAAACAUGUCUGCUCUGAACCUGAAGUUGGUAGGAAACCAUGCAGUGAUCAAUGUUACCUUCUGGAUAAAGGAAUUACACCAAUGGAAGUGGAUGAUAAAGGAAUUACACCAAUGGAAGUGGACACAACUUUGCCUCCUAAUGAGCCUCGGAGUUCUUGUGAGCUGAAGAGAACCUCAGAUGAUAUAAUUAUCAAUAUUGGCAAUCAUUACAGUGAACUAAGUUUGGAUGCUAGUGACAAUGAAAAUCACACAACAUCUAGUGCAUCUUUGGAAAGUCUUGGUGAACAUGCUUCAAAGAAAUUACCAGUUUCUGGUAGCUUUGACCAUGGUGAGCGGGACAAAGGAGUUAUGAAUGGACGAGAAGAUCUUACAAAGGAGACAGAAUUUAAUGAGAUGCCCAUUUCAAAGGACGUGCAAACUGAUAAGAUGAUAAGUGACUCGGAUUGGAGACCUACAGAGAGAGAUUUAUAUUUGAAGGGAGUAGAAAUGUUUGGAAAAAAUAGUUGCCUCAUAGCCGCUACUUUUCUUACUGGCUUGAAGACUUGCUUGCAAGUAGCGAGGUAUAUGUUUGCUGGUGGAGAGUCAAUGAUCCAUGGAUCCACAACAAAUUCAAUCGUGGAUGGAAAUGAAAAUAUCAAUGCAGAGUGCACAGACCUAGAAAUGUCAUCAAGAUCAAGAUCACAACGGAAAAAGGGAAAACCUAGGAAGUUCAACUAUACUCGAAAGUCUGCCGGUCUGCCCCCAAGAUGGAGAAAAAUUGCUUAUGGGCAAAACCUGUGCAAUAAGCAAUAUACUCCUUGUGGAUGUCAUGGAAUGUGUGGAAAGGAAUGCUCUUGUCUUCUUAAUGGAACUUGCUGUGAAAAAUAUUGUGGGUGUUCAAAGAUGUGCACAAAUCGAUUCAGAGGAUGUCAUUGUACUAAGAGUCAAUGCAGAAGUCGAUUAUGUCCGUGCUUUGCAGCCAAUCGUGAAUGUGACCCAGAUGUCUGUCGAAAUUGUUGGGUUAGUUGCGGCGAUGGUUCAUUAGGGGAGCCACCUCGACGUGGAGAUAGCAAAUGCGGAAAUAUGAAUAUUCUUUUAGGACAUAAAGAGAGGAUUCUUUUGGCAAAAUCAGACGUUGUAGGAUGGGGAGCCUUCGCAAAGAAUCCGAUUAACAAAAGUGUUUGUCUAGGAGAGUACAAGGGUGAAUUAAUCUCUCCUAAAGAAGCAGAAAAACGUGGAAAACUAUAUGAUCGUGUCAACACUUCCUUCCUUUUUAACCUCAAUAAUGAGUGGGUUAUUGAUGCACAUCGUCUAGGAGACAAAUUAAAAUUUGCGAACCAUUCAUCAAAACCCAACUGCUAUGCAAAGGUGAUGUUUGUUGGAGGUGAACAUCGAGUGGGAAUAUAUGCCAAGGAAAACAUUGAAGCUGGUGAUGAGAUUUUUUACGACUAUUGGUAUGAUCUAGAAUGUGCACCAUCUUGGGCUCUUCCACCAGAAGACAAUGCUUCCAAAAAAGAUGAAUUAGGCAAUUCUCAGAGCAAGGGAAAGAAACGUUAGUCUCACUAAUGAGCCCUAACUAAGGAAUAUGUGUUUACGAACUAUGGUAUCUUCUCUAAAAAACGAAACUUUGAUAUCCUAUGUGAAAUAAUCAAGGCCUAAUAUCGU